AUGGUUAAACGCAAGCCGCAGGCCAUGAUCGACUCGGAAAGCAGCAGUGAUUCGGAAUCCGGAUCUGAUCUGGACUCGGAGCUCCUUUCACUCGCCAAAAAGAAGAAAACAACCCGCCUGGCGUCAGCAUCACCGAACCAUGCGAGUCACAACCAAUCUGGAUCCGGGUCCGGGUCGGGAUCCGGCUCUGGAUCCGGAUCCGACUCCGAUGAUGACGACGACGACGAGGAUGAGGACGAAGAGUCCGGCUCGGAGGCGAUGGCAAAGCGUAAACGGAAGGGUGGCAAACCGACGUCCUCCUCCGAAUCAGAAGGUGAAGGAGGGAAUGAAGAUCGAAAGCGCAACAACAUUUCGACACCGGGUGGGCCUGGUAACAACAACAGCACGGCCAUGGCACCCGGUAUCGCCACUGCAACUGGAGGCGUGAAACGGAAGCAACCGAUCGACGAAGAGGAGGACAAAUCCGAACCGGAAGAGGGACAAGUUUCGUCCGAUUCCGAGGGAGGAAAGAAGAACGCGUCCGGUGCCGGUGGGGCGGUUUCAAGCGAGGACGAUGAUUCGAGUGACGACUCCAGCGACGACAGCAGUAGCAGCAGCAGCAGCGAUUCGGAAUUCAACGAUGGGUACGAUGAAAAUCUCAUGGGAGAUGACGAAGACAGGGCCCGGUUAAAUGCCCUCUCUGAGAAGGAGCGCGAGACGGAGAUCUUCAAGCGUAUCGAACGGCGUGACGUUAUGAAAACGCGCUGGGAAAUCGAACGGAAGUUGAAACUUGCCAAGCGAGCAGAGCGCGCACGUGACAAACAAGCGCAGCCGGAGAAAAAGAAGAAGAAGAAGGAAAAGAAAAAGGCCCAGAAGAAAGCAGCGGCAGCGGCGGCCGCCGCAGCCGCAGCUAACGCGGAACGGGAGAGGAAGAAGGUCGCGGCGGCAGCGGCAGCACAAACUGCAGCGGUAAAUGCGGCUGCUGCAGCAGCGACCGCAGCCUCGGCAUCCGCCAAAGCCAUGGGACCCUCGGUAGGAGUUUCCAGCGCGUCCGAGUACUUCGACCCAAAGGAACGCUCGAAGGAACGCAAAAAGACCGUCGAAAUGAACCGCACGGACGACAAGCGUAGCAAUGCGAUGGCCAUGCUGAAGGCGAAGCGCGAGGGUAAAGCGAAACGCGAAGAAGAGGAAGCGAAACGUGAGGCUCAACGGAAACAGGACGCCAGUCAGCAGGAAGACAAAGAGGAACUGGAUGACGUUCCGGGUGGGAAGUCACAGAUGAAGCUGAAAGCCUCCGACAUCUACUCGGAUGAUUCCGGGAGUUCGGAUGACGACGAUGAUGACGAUCGAGACAAAAAGGCUAGCGAUCGAAGGUCACGCGACAGUCGAUCGUCAAGUGAUUCCGAGGGCGAGGAUAAGGAGAAAAACAGUCGGAAGCCGGUCGCGAUCAGCACGAACGCGGAGCUGAAUAAGCUGCGAAUCUCGCGCCACAAGCUGGAGCGCUUCAUUAAUCUGCCCAUCUUUGAGUCGACCGUGCUGAACUGUUUCGUGCGGAUAAACAUUGGCAACAACCAGGGGAAACCGGUGUACCGGGUGGCGGAGAUUGUCGGUGUGGUUGAGACGGCGAAAAUCUAUCAGUUCGGGCGUAGCCGCACGAACAAGGGAUUUAAGCUGAAGCACGGCAGUCAAGAGCGCGUUUUCCGGUUGGAGUUUGUGUCGAAUCAGGACUUUUCGGACACCGAGUACCAGAAGUGGCUGACGGUGUGUGAAGUCACCGGGACCGCGCUACCGACGGUUGAUAUGAUCGAGCGAAAGCAGCGGGACAUUAAGGAGGCGUCACAGUACGAGUUUAAGGACGCCGACAUCGACCGGUUGGUGGAGGAGAAGAACCGGUUCCGUGCGCACCCGACCAACUACGCCAUGAAGAAAACGAUCCUGAUGAAGGAACGCGAUGCCGCUCAACUGCGAGGGGAGGAUGAUCUCGCGCGGGAUCUCACGACGCAGAUUCAAGAUAUCGAAGAACGGGCGAGCACACUGGACAAGAAGCGCAGCAGCAGCAUCAGCCUGAUCUCGUACAUCAACGAUCGAAACCGGAAGCGCAACGUUGAGGACGCCGAAAAGGCGAUCAUGGAGGAGAAGCGAGCGUCGCGAGGGCUCAAGAUCGAGGAUCCGUUCACACGUCGCCAAACACAACCCCGGAUGUCCUUCAAAAAGGACCAAAAUCGUGACGACACGCCCCUGCUACCGAUGCAGGCUCCACCGCCUCCGGGACAGGCCGGGAAGAAGAAGCUGGAGGAAAAGAAGUCAAACCAGGGUGGUGGCCAGGCGGACAACAACCUGUACUCGUUGCAUGACUUCGACAUCGACCUGGAGGUUCCACUACCAAGUGACGUAAAUGUGCUCCCGAAGCCGGUGGAAAAACCCGUGAGGGAGUCCGGUCCGAAACGGUCGCUCAAUCUGGAGGAUUACAAAAAGAAGCGUGGGUUGAUUUAGUUCCGCGGCACGACACCGGUUCUGGCGAUGUGCCCCGUGGCCUUCGCUACGCCACUUCGCGUACAGCUUUUACGGCCGCCAAUGCUGGCGUGGUUUUCUCAAAUUGUAUAUU